CUGUGACAGGAGCCGUGGGCAGAUGAGGGAACAGCUAACGGCUAACUAAUGUGUUCCUGAGGAAACUUUACUGCUCAGUAGGAAACUUGUGUUUUAAACUGAAUGUUGUAACAGGAUUUAGAGUAAAUAGAAGAGCGAUGGCGAAGAUCUGCACCGAGCGCUCGUACCCGUCUCAUCACCGGCUCUCGGUCCGGGCCUCGAACGACGAGCUGGACCUAAUGGAUAAUGGCGCCAGCAGGACACACUCCAUAUGUGACGACACCCUCUCUGACAUGAACAGGGACGUGUCUGCUCAGCUACAGGAGUCUCGCAGGAGUUCAUUCACAGGGGCAGGGGCCAUGGCCCGUCACCGGACACUCGCAUAUUAUAAUAGGAACAACUGCAACAACACAGAUGACAAAAAAGAGGAAGCGAAGAAAGAUGAGAAAAAAGUGGAAGAGAAAAAGGAUGAAAAGAAGGACGAAAAAAAGGAAGAGAAAAAAGACGGGGACAAAAAGGAUGAUAAGAAGGAUAAGAAAGAUGAUAAAAAGGCAGAAGAACCCCAGAAAACGCCUUGGGUCAUGGAUCCAGCCACAGACAUGUACUAUCGCUGGCUGGUGGUAAUAGCGGGGCCGGUGUUCUACAACCUGAUGAUGCUCAUAACAAGAGCAUGUUUCAAUGAGCUUCAGGACUCGUACACGACUCUGUGGAUGGUCCUGGACUACUCGUCAGAUUUUCUCUACUACGUGGACACGUUUGUGAGAUCGAGAACAGGUUUCCUAGAGCAAGGACUUCUAGUGAAAGACACCAAGAAGUUAAUGGAGAAUUACAGAAAAAUGCCGCAGUUUAAAUACGACGUCUUCUCUAUGCUCCCGACCGACGUUUUCAUGAUCAAGGUGGGAUACAACAAUCCCGAACUACGCUUCAACCGCCUCUUUAAAAUGGCACGUCUCUUUGAGUUCUUUGAUCGAACCGAGACCAGAACUAACUAUCCUAAUAUCUUCCGUAUCAGCAACCUCGUACUCUACAUCUUGGUCAUCAUCCACUGGAACGCCUGCAUCUUUUUCGCCAUUUCCAAAACCAUCGGCUUCGGGACGGACACGUGGGUGUAUCCGAACAUCAGCCAUCCGGAAUACGGCCGUCUGGCUCGGAAAUACAUCUACUGUCUGUACUGGUCCACGCUUACCCUUACCACCAUCGGAGAAACCCCGCCCCCUGUCAGAGAUGUCGAAUACCUGUUUGUAGUCACCGACUUCCUCAUCGGAGUACUGAUCUUCGCUACGAUCGUCGGUAACGUGGGUGCGAUGAUCUCCAACAUGAACGCGUCACGCGCCGAUUUCCAAGCCAAGAUCGACUCCAUUAAGCAGUACAUGCAAUUCCGAAAGGUCAGCAAAGAUCUAGAGGCGAGAGUCAUCAAGUGGUUUGAUUACCUCUGGACGGAAAAGAAAACCUGUGACGAGAGGGAGGUGUUGAAGAACCUUCCGGACAAGCUGAAAGCAGAGAUAGCCAUUAACGUCCAUCUAGACACACUGAAGAAGGUGCGCAUCUUCCAGGAUUGCGAAGCUGGACUGCUUAUUGAACUGGUCCUAAAACUUCAGCCUCAGGUCUUCAGCCCUGGAGAUUACAUCUGCAAGAAGGGUGACAUCGGACGAGAGAUGUACAUCAUCAAAGAAGGAAAGCUCGCUGUGGUGGCAGACGAUGGCGUCACGCAGUUUGUUGUGCUCAGCGACGGUGCGUACUUCGGUGAAAUCAGCAUCCUCGGGAUCAAAGGAAGCAAAGCCGGAAACAGGAGAACUGCAAACAUCCGCAGCGUAGGCUACUCGGACCUCUUCGCUCUCUCCAAAGACGACCUAAUGGAGGCGCUGACCGAGUACCCGGAAGCCAAAAAGGCGCUGGAGGAGAAGGGGAAGUCCAUCUUGAGGAAGGACAACCUCCUGGACGAGGCGGCGGCCAGCGCCGGGGCCGACCCCAAAGAUCUGGAGGAGAAGAUCUCACGAUUGGAGAGCAACCUUGACGUAAUGACCGUCAAGUUCGCCAGACUGCUAGCGGAAUACACGUCCUACCAGAGCAGGAUCAAACAGAGGCUCACCAACAUGGAGAACAAAGUGAAGACACUGAGGGAGGAAGAUCUCUCUGAGGUGGUCACUGACAAAUAGAAGGAGGAGGAGAAGACAAAAUAGGCGACACUUCCUAGAACACAGGCGUCUUUAUUCGAAGAUUUGUUUAUACAUUUUUUGUAUACAAGCGUUUUCAGUUUUAUUUAUAUGUACAGACUGUAGAUCUUUAAAGGUUUUCCAAAUUGUACAGCGCUGUAGAUUAGAUUUCUCCUUCAAUACGUCCAGCGCGUGAACUUUAUACAACCCGAACAAUCUUCUCGUAGCUUCUUUAAAGUCGUACUCGAGUGUUUUUUUCAGCCUCGGACUCACACAGUCGCUCCAAAUAAAUACUCUUCCCUCUGAUGUGUGAUAAACACCGACACUGGAGACUCCUUCUAUAAAUGAGUCCAGAGUCCAGCAGCACUGAGGUGUAAAUACGAUGCUUAUAACCUGGCCUAGAAGAUGUAAGAGUUAAACUCCGUUGUAUAGAAAUAAACUGAGGUUCUGUUUUUUUUCUUUUCUGUCUUCAGACACAGCGGUUAUAGAUAAUGAGGUGAGGGAGUGAUGAGAGAGAGAGGAGGAAAGGAAGUGAGAAGACGGGUGAGAAAGAAAAACGAGAGGAAGGAUAUUUAUUAGCAUCAGGUUCGGUCUGGAUUUUUGUACCAAAUAUUUUAUUGUUUUGGCCAAAAGUUAUACAGUCGUUCUGUUCAGAGACGGAACGAUAAAACCCUUUAGGAAAGUGUCAAAUAACCGGAACUACUUUUUAACUCUAACGUUGUUUGGAUAAAAAGUUCAUGAUUAACGUGAAUAGCAUAAAAGCCCAGAAGAACAGGAUUAGGAAUAUUUUCUUUAGAUGUUUAUAGACUGAGAUCAAACAUCACUGGGACAUCACAUACAACUUUAAAGGUUCAUACAGAAAAAAUAAAA